GGCUGCAUCAUUAACAGUUUACACCUCCCAGCGUGCCCAACACGUUAACAGAUUUCAUCGAAAAUUGGCUUGGAGUAGAGCAAUCAAUAUGCGUGGAUUUAUCAUUUUGGCUGUUUUGGCUGUGGCUCGUGCCGAUGUGGGUGGUUACAAUUAUGGAGCAGGCAUUGGAGCAGGAGGCUCCAUCUCUGGUGGUUCCAUUUCUGGGAGCUCUAUCUCCGGGGGUUCAAUCUCCGGUGGCUCCAUUUCUGGUGGCUCAAUCUCUGGUGGCUCAAUUGCUAGUGGCUCUCUUUCUGGAGGAUCUUUUGGCUCCUCUCAGACUUACUCCAGCAACUAUGCCCCUGUGCACACCGAGUUCAACAAGGAGUUCUUCACCUACUCCGCACCAGAGGCUGAUUUCGAGGAUAACAAGAGUGUCAGUGAUUUGGCUGCUACUUUGAAAAAGAACCUGCGUGUAGUGUUCAUCAGGGCGCCCGAGAACAAGGGUCUGGAGAACGCUGCUUUGGCUUUGGCCAAACAAGCGGCCGAACAGCAGACUGCUAUCUAUGUCCUGACCAAGCAGGGAGACCUGUCCAGCCUGGCCAACCAGCUCCAGAAUCUGAACCAUGUAAGCGCCAGCAAACCAGAGGUGCACUUCGUCAAGUACCGCACUCAGGAGGAUGCCCUCAAUGCACAGAGGACCAUUCAGCAGGAGUACGAGCGUCUGGGUGGUUCCUCCACCUCCCACAAUGGAGGCGUUGCUCCCGUCCUGGACUUUGCCACUAAAGUGCAGCAACACCAGCAAGUGCAACUGAUUGAUGAGCGUCGGCCAUCCACCGGAAGUGUAACCGCCGAAUUGGAGGCUCCUUCUGCCGGAUAUAUCCCACCACCAGCCGCAUCUCCCAGUUCCACCUACCUACCAGUGAACAAGGUCAAGUAGGAUGCCUGCAAUACCACUCACUUAUUUACAAAUUAGCCUCACACAUUCACCUUUAAGUGCUACGUUAUAAAAUAAAAACUUAACUUAAUGUA